AUGGUCAUCCCUUCUGAUUCGCAGGAGCAUAUCAGUCAAGCCAAUGCGUACAAUAAUGGCGCUGCUACUCCGAGCUUGACGAUUGACUACACGAUAAGACCUAAGCAGCCAUUCUUUUUCCUCAAGCCACCGUCAUCAAUUCUACCACCAGGGUGUGGCCCAGUUCUACGUCCAAAAGGCACCGUUCUUCACUAUGAACUCGAGCUCGGGCUUGUUAUCGGUAAAGAAGUUCAUGAUCUUGAUCUGGAGGAUCAUCAAGCUGCUUUGGAUUCAAUCGAUUGUUACAUAGCAGGCAUAGAUAUGACAAGCCGAAACAUCCAGGAUGAGGCUAAAAGGAAGGGUCUCCCCUGGUCCAUCGCAAAAGGAUUUGACACAUUCCUUCCUAUUUCGGAGCCCAUUCCGAAAUAUCGUAUUCCUGACCCCCAUGACGUUUCUUUGAGACUAUGGGUAGACCAGGAACUGCGUCAAUCGGACUCAACAAACUUGAUGCUCUUCCAAAUUCCUAGGCAGUUAGCAGAUAUUUCUCGUGUCAUGACUUUGGAACCUGGAGAUAUCGUUUUGACAGGAACUCCAAAAGGGGUAGGGGAGGUUAAGCCGGGCCACGUGAUGAAAUGCGAAAUUGAGGUUAACGGUCAAGUCCUUGAGGAAGCUAGGAUUGAAGUAGAAGUCCAAGAUGGCGAGGGAAAUUUUGUAUUUCAGGAGACUUGA